UACAGCAUGUCAUCAUAUGAUGGGGAAAAUGGUGACAGUCUUGACAUAAAGCCACCUCAGGCACAAACUGGUGGCAGUCAGGAGAAGAAAGAGAAGAGAAGCAAACGUGAACGCCAUCACCGGCACAAAGGUGAAUCAGGUCAUCGUCAUAAGCGAGAAAGUCAUCGAUCUCGAUCAGAUCAUCGAGGCUCAGAACACCACUCAAAAGAAAGGAGACGUCACAGAGAGGGAGAAGAGCGCAGUGAGUCAAGCAGUCGGCGGCGCAAGGAGCGAGUCAGUGGACGCAGUACCCACCUUGAUGCAGCAGCCGAGUUUGAUGGCCGGAGUAAGCCUUCUGAAAGACAUUCCAGACCUACCAAACGAGAUAUUUCUGGUCACAGAAGAGGGGGCCAGGAUCGAAGUGGCAGCAGGCAGCAAGCACAGCUUGCCGAUGCUGACACUUAUUACAACAUGCAUGAUGGUGGACGAUCCAACAUCUCUCCUCUGUUACCUGACCCUGUUCCGAUGCAUCUUCAUCACCACCAUCACCAUCAGCAGCAACAGUAUUUCAUGCAUCAAAAUGAUCACUACCAUAGCAGCACACAACAUCACAGCAGGUCUCGUGGAGGAGGUCUGCAGCCCAGUGCACUACCGUCACGAGAGAUGAAUGAGCGCGAGAAGCGCAUGGAGCGCAUGAUGGCUGCAGAGAAGCAGAAGGAGCAGUCACAGAGGGAAGCAGAGUCGCGGAGGCAGCGAAAGGAAGAGGGGAAGAGGCUUGACGCUGAUGAUUUCCUGCACAGUUCAGUGCAAGACUCCCCCCAAGACAACUCCCCUGAACAACCGUCAUCCAGUCCCUCGCGUCCACAUAAGCGCAAGAAACUACGCAAGGAUGUUCCAGAAGAGGAAGUGCACAUAAUAAGUGAGAACGAGGAAGAGGAGAACAAGAACGAGGAGCAGCAGGACGCUCCCGUUCACUCACCGCAGCCAGGCAUUGACGAAGAGGCGGCCAAGGAAGCUAAAGCGUCUGAUGGAUCAGACUCAGACUCGUCCGAUAGCUCCUCUGACUCAGAUUCUGACAGCGACAGUUCUGACUCGGACGAGGAAAGCGGUGCUAAGAAGAGCAAGGCUGAGGACGGUGAGGCGGAGGCUGUGAACGGCGCUGCCAAGGGGCAUCGCUCAGGCUCCUCCACGCCCAGCAAGGAAGGGCGUUUUGAUGAUUCACCGAGAAGAGGUGGCUUGUCGGACGUGAGCUCUGCUUCGGGAGAAGUCGUCAGGUCUCCCACCCGGAGCCCCGUGCCGAUGAAGGAGGUGCUGCCGUCUUACUACCCCGCCAUUAUGGGGUGCCGUUCUGUCGAUGAGUUUGAGUGCCUCAACAGGAUUGCCGAGGGCACUUACGGUGUUGUAUAUCGUGCGAGGGAGAAGUGCAACGGCACAAUCGUGGCUCUCAAGCGCCUCAAGAUGGAGAAGGAGAAAGAAGGCUUCCCUAUCACUUCCCUCCGCGAGAUCAACACGCUACUGAAGGGCCAACACUGCAACAUCGUGACGGUGCGCGAGAUUGUCGUGGGCAGCAACAUGGACAAGAUCUACAUCGUGAUGGACUAUGUAGAACAUGACCUCAAGUCUCUCAUGGAAACCAUGAGCAAGAAGAAACAGUCCUUUAGUCUGGGAGAAGUAAAGACUCUCAUGUUGCAGCUGUUGAGAGCUGUUCAUCAUCUACACGACAACUGGAUUCUGCACAGGGAUCUCAAAACUUCCAAUUUGCUUCUGUCACAUACUGGCAUUCUCAAGGUCGGUGACUUCGGGUUGGCGCGGGAGUACGGAUCUCCCUUGAAGCAGUACACGCCCAUUGUGGUCACGUUGUGGUACCGCGCUCCUGAACUCCUCUUAGGAACCAAACUCUACUCAACAGCCAUCGAUGUGUGGUCAGUGGGUUGCAUCUUCGGAGAACUGCUCGCCAUGGAACCUUUCUUCCCUGGCAAGAGCGAAAUUGAUCAACUGAACAGGAUAUUUAAGGAGCUGGGCACUCCUAGCGACGCCAUCUGGCCCGGCUACAGCCAGUUGCCUGUAGUGAAGCGCACGCAGUUCACGGAGUUCCCAUACAACCAUCUGCGCGAGCGUUUCAAGGAGAGGCUCAGUGACAAAGGCUUCCUUCUCAUGAACAAAUUCCUCACAUACGACCCUCAGAAGCGGAUCACGAGUCACGAGGCCCUGCAACACGACUACUUCCAUGCAGAGCCUCCUGCGCCCAUUCCUCCUGCCAUGUUCCCUACCUGGCCUGCCAAGUCUGAGAAUCCCAACGGUAUCGCUGCUGUAGAGGACCCCAACAGACCUCCCAACCCUCCGUCAGGCGGCAAAAACUUUAAAGACCUUGGUGACGACGACCACGGUGUUCCAGGCUUCUUUUUAGGAGGAGGACAACAGGCCGGUGCUGGCUUCACGCUGAAGUUUUAAUUCAGUCCGAGGAAUUAAAAACAUGAAUGCAUCCAGUCGAGGGUAGUUCCAGGAUAUUGAGGUCCCACGAUGCAAUGUCCUGAACUUGUUCUUUCAGACGCGACGUCGGUACUCAGUGUAGAGAUAAGAAUCAUCAAACCUAUGUCCGAGUUGAUUCGAGAGUGCAUACACUGGACGAGAGAUUGUAAAAUGAAUGGCUUUGAUGAAAUGGUUAACUGUAAAUUCUGUAAAAUUAAAUAAGAUUUCUUUAGGGUU